AUGUACAGUGUUUUGUUUGCCGCGGUGCUUGAGCCCCAGACGGAUCCCCAGCCUUCUUUCUUUAGUAGGCGAUUUGGGUUGCAGUUUAGGUGUUCGAACACAAGCGGCAAGAUUUGGAUCUUCUCUCACAGGGACUGGCAGGUCGAGGUCAUUGAUGACUCUGAGCAGGUCCUUCACGUCCGAGUUUCUGCUGCGAUAUUCCCUGUAUCAAUCUACCUCUCCGUAGUGUACGCUAAGUGCUCGAGGGAAGGGAGAUGCGAUAUGUGGAAUAAGCUCAGGGACAUCUCUCUAGCCACUGACGGGGCCCCCUGGCUUGUUGGUGGUGACUUCAACAUCUUCUUGUUGGAGGAAGAGAGACAGGGCAGCACGACAGACAGGCACGGAGAGAUGAUGGACUUCACCGACGCCGUAGCAGACUGUCAGCUACUGGACCCAGGCUUUGAUGGCCCACCGUUCACAUGGACGAGGAGUGGGCUCUGGGAGAGAUUGGACAGAGUUCUUCUUGGGGAGCACUGGACGACCGCCUUUGCGGCUACUAGGGUGAAUCAUUUGCCUAGGAUCUCUUCAGAUCAUGCCCCUUUGCUUGUGCGGUGCCAGCUCACGACUCAGAUUCCGAGGCCUUCGUUUAGGUUUCAGAACAUGUGGUUGAGGGAGGCAGAGGAGGCGGUUGCCGCUGCGCAGGUGGCUUACGACGGGGACCCGACAGGAGCCCACAGGAGUGAGCUUAGCCGUUGCACGGCUCUCUACAUAGUCCGCACUAGGAUGGAGGAGGAUUUCUGGAAGCAGAAGGCUGCCAUUCGGUGGGCGGCAGAAGGUGAAAUGAAUUCCAAAUUCUUCCAUGGGUGGGUGCGACAGAAGCGGGUGAAGUCCAGGAUUCACGCCAUUCUGGCAGGAGGACAGACUCUCACGUCAGAGGAGGACAUCAGACACUCGGUGGUUGACUACUUCCAGUGGCUUCUCACGUCAGACGUUGAGCACUUGGAGCAGCCAGACCUUGAUCUCUUGCGCGGUCUCCCAAAGUCCGUGGACCGCGAGGGCCUCUGUGCAGUUCCUGACUAUGUUGAGGUGAAGGCGGCGGUCUUUGGCAUCAGUGGGGACAGAACUGAUUCACGAUAUCGGCAGGUCGCUCAUUCAGAAGGUCCUGAAGCCGUAUCAGUAUUGAAUGAGGGAAUUGGAACAGAUCUUGGCCCGGUUCUUUUGGGGCACAGUUGGGGAGCAGUGGAAGAUUCACUGGGUUAG